UUAUGCAUUAUUAUUAUGUAGGAAGAUGUAUACGAAUUAUAGUCUCCAGUAGACGCGCGACAAAUCCAAGGAAAAUAAUAAAGUUAAGUAGAUGACGCAAGGGAAAAAGGUACCAUGAAUGACGCCAGAAUUAUGAAAUUAGGGUUACAACAAAUCACAGGUUCUCCUGUUACUUCUUUUAAUUCAUAUAUUCUACGCAAACAACAGACUGAAUGUAAUAAACACUCACCCGUUCAACUGUAUAGAGAGCAAUAUGGGCCUGUCCUACACAGAAGCGAUACGACUGGUCGAGGCCGAAGCACAUCGCAAGCGAAAUGUCUCCUUGUCUCGAGCAGAAAUAUGCUCGAUAUUCGCUGCAAGAGGUCGCAUCGCCCGACACACGAUUUAUAGUCCAAUCUCGACACCAAGGUUUGACACGUCUGCCAUGGAUGGCUACGCAUUGAGCUCCGCCGCGACGCAGGAUGCGACCGUGGAUUAUCCCAAAACAUUCGAAGUCCAGGGCAUCACGGCCGCAGGAGAUGAACCCUUCUCGCAGAUGGAACGUGAUGGAAGUAUCCCGCCUUGUGUGGAGAUUAUGACAGGAGCCCCAUUUCCUAAGACUGUCAAGCAGGAAGACUUCGAUUGUUGUAUUCGCUAUGAGGAUGUAAGAGUCGAAGAGCGAUGGGGGCGUCGCUUCAUUGCAGUGACCAAGCCGGUCAAGCCCAACCAGAAUCGACGGCUGGCCGCGACGGACUUCCGAACAGAUGACGCGAUUGUCAAGGAGGGAGAACUGAUCCAUCCGAGCCAUGUCAUGGCGAUGGCAUCAGUCGGUAUCACGGAGCUUUCUGUGCUGCCCAAGCCGAGAAUAGCCGUCUUCUCAACCGGAUCAGAACUACUACCUACAAAAAGUGACUCUUCGGAGCUUCAUCGGAUUAGCGACAGCAAUGGCCCGUAUCUGACUGCAAUGUUGGAAGACUGGGGCGCUAUCGUCGACUUUUUGGGGGUUAUCCCCGAUCACUCUGAAGACAUGGAACAGGCCCUAUUGUGCGGUCUUCAGGGACCCAGAUAUGACCUGAUCAUCAGUUCUGGCGCUGUCUCGGCCGGUCGCUACGAUAUGAUCCCCACAGUACUCGAGCGCGGACAGGCGCGGACAGUUUUUCACAAAGUUGAAAUGAGGCCUGGGCAUCCGGUGCUUUUCUCCAUGCUUCCUCGACCCGGAACUGCUCCUCCAGAUAGCGAGGUAGCCUUUUUCGGCUUGCCGGGAAAUCCGGUAGCCAGCGCCGCUUGUCUUCGUUUUAUAGUAGCGCCUUACUUGAAUACCAUCCAACUGCAAUCGCAAGAGAAGCCAUAUAAAGCUCGGAUCAUGGCUGCGAACUACAAACUUGGUAUUCAUCAUGGAAUACCACUCAGCUGCAGUAAGCCAGUCGCAACUGUGCCGAUAGAGAAAGACGUGUUUCGGCCGGGGACAUUUUGCGGUUCCACAGACCAAGAUCUCAUGGUCCAGCUCAUAUCGGAUCAUAGUCCUGGCAAGAUCAAACCAUUCCUCGAGGCCAACUGCUGGAUCCGGAUCCCUCAUGGUGUUUCUGAAGUCGGAGAAGGCGACUCAGUUGGCAUUUACCCGAUGCGUUGAGAUCUGGCGCAUUACAUCCCU